GUCCACUACCAACUCCCCUCCUCAAUUCCCACUAUUUAUACUCUUUCCCCCAUUUUCCCCUUUCACCAAAACAACAAAACCUCCUCCAUGGCCUGGACCCGACGAUCCCCCGUCGGCAACGGCUCCUCCGCCACCGUCUACCUCGCCUCCACUGCCUCCUCCGGCCAACUAUUUGCUGUCAAGUCCGCUGAGCUUCUCAAAUCAGACUUCUUGAAAAUAGAGCGAAGGGUUCUUUCUUCCCUAUCCAACCCUUCAAUUGUGGGCUACAAGGGAUUCGAUGUAACUAGAGAAAAUGGGAAGCUAAUGUACAAUCUCUUCAUGGAGUACGCUGCCGGUGGUACUCUCGCUGAUGAGAUAUUCCGGCGUGGUGGCCGGAUUAAGGAGGCAACGGCGGCGUUUUACACUCGUGAAAUUGUUAGAGGAUUGGAGUACUUGCACAAACAGGGGUUGGUGCAUUGUGAUAUCAAAGCUAAGAACAUUUUAAUCGCUGGAGAUGGUUUGAAGAUUGCUGAUUUCGGAUGCUCCAGAUGGGUUUGUGAGUCCGAGGCAGUAAUAGGCGGAACGCCGAUGUUCAUGGCACCGGAGGUGGCGCGUGGGGAAAAACAGGGGAUUUCCUCUGACAUAUGGGCACUUGGGUGUACAUUAAUCGAAAUGGUCACCGGCGCUCCACCAUGGAAAAUUACCGACGACCCAGUUUCGGUGUUGUACCGGAUCGGAUAUUCUGGCGAGUCUCCGGAGAUUCCGAGCUUUCUGUCGGAGAAAGGAAAGGAUUUUUUAAGGAAAUGCUUGAGAAGGGAAGCAACAGAAAGAUGGAGUGCGAGUCAACUUCUUGAGCAUCCAUUUUUGGGGGAAUUGAGUUCUGGGUUGGAGGAAAUCAAGGAAUUACAUUUAUAUUCUGAAUCUCCGACGAGUAUUUUAGAUCAAAGCCUCUGGAAUUCCUUAGAAGAAGAAUCAGAAACUUUGUUGAGAACAGAGCAAUGGGACGAUGACAGAAUCGAACGGCUGGCUACGUUUUCAGGAGAAAUUAAGUGGGAAUUGGGAGACGAGAAUUGGAUCACAAUCAGAAGCUAUGUAGAUGGUGAAGACGAAGACGAAUUAAAUUUUAGUAGAAAUGAUUUAGACUUAGUGGAAGAGGGAAGAAUAGUUAGUGAGGAAAUCCAGUAUUUGGAAUUGUUAGAUAAAACAGUUAGCUUUAGAGUAAGGUAGUGAAAUUAGUACCAACAAUAUACAUAUCUAACUUGUUAGUUCAUCUAAUCUUAAAAGUUUUGAUAUUUUUCAACUAAAUCUCAAUGUUUCAUUA